CUCUGGCUGCGGCACGCACUGACAAGAUGCGCCGCGCCCCGCGACUGCCCACCAUGGUGCAAGCGAUCACCGUGCUCACCGUGCUCAAGAUGCUCACCAACGCUCAAACGACGUGCAACCAAGGAAUCGGCAAGCUAGUUUAUGAGCGCCUGCCAGACUAUCAGCUCCAGCUGAAACGCUUCAAUAACGAAGACAUGGUGAGGGACACAGACCCGCCGUUCCGGGUGCUGGAGAAGUGCCAGGACCUGUGCCACCGGGACCGCAUGCCCAGCAACAACCUGGUGCGCACGUGCACCUCCUUCGACUUCCAGCCGGGCAACCGCAUCGCGUCCUUCAACGGCGCCACCGAGUACGAGGAGUCCACGUGCUACCUGACCCAGGAGCAGGGGCUGGGAGACGGCGUGGGCAACCUGUUCUUCGUGCCCAACAGCGUGCACUUCAUCGAGGUGUGCCUGUCGUCUGGCCAAAUCGAGAAAGAUUGUCCGAACAGGCGUUACAUAUUCGAGCGACAUCCAAGGAAGAAGCUCUCCAUCCCAGAGCCUGGCUCCAAACUGACAGAUUCGAAGGAAGUCAACGCAGACAAUCGUACAGACUGUGAAGACAGGUGUCUGAACGAGUUCUCGUUCGUGUGUCGCUCGGCCUCGUACAGCUCGGGCAGCCGCAGCUGCCUGCUGAGCCGCUUCACGCGCCGCAGCCACCCGGACAAGUUCGUGGACGACCCUGGCUCCGACUACCUGGAGAACACGUGCCUCACCGCUGAAAAGCGCUGUGAUGGAAUAGCAGUGUUCGUGAAAGAAGAGAACAAACGGUUGGGUGGGCCGUUUGAGAUGGAUGUCUUCAGCAAUAUUACACUGGAAGACUGCCAGAUCGAAUGUCUUCGUGCUGAGAAGUAUUUGUGCCGGGCGCUGGAAUACGACUCGCAGAGUCGCCAGUGCUUGCUCAUGGAAGAGGACACGUACUCCCAGCGAGACGACCUCAGGACCAGCAGCAGCCCGAACCAUCACGUCUAUGAGAUCAUGUGUCUGGAGGAUUUGCAAGGCGGCAAGACACCCGACAACUCCGCCACCUCGCACCUGUUCGCCGACGGCCGCCGGCCAGACACGGCCUUCCAGCGGCACCGCAACAGCCGCCUGGGCGCCGAGUACCACUCGGAGAUCGUGGACCACUCGCUGAGCGAGUGCCUGGACGAGUGCCUGCGCCAGGCCAGCUUCCAGUGCCGCUCGGCCAUCUACAGCGAGCGCCUGCGCGUGUGUCGCCUGAGCCGCUACAACACGCGCGACGGCCGCCGCAUCAUCUACGACCGCGACUUCGACUACUACGAGAACCUCAUGAGAGGCGGCUACGGCGGCGGAGGGCAUGGCCUCGCUGGCGGCGACUACGCCGGCUCCAGUUUCGGCUCCAGCGGAGAGUACGGCGGCUACGGCGGCUACGGCGGCGGUGGCCACGCCCACUACGGGGGUGGAGGAGGAGUAGGGGGUGGAGGGGGGUACAGCGGGGGACCGUCGGUGGUGGGGGCGGCUCGCCCGGUCGGUGGAAGCAGCUUCGUGGGGUACGGCGGCUACGGCGACGGGGGCGGCGGAGGGGGCGGCGGAGGGGGCCAUGCUGGAGGAGCGCCGAUAGGUGGGGGCAGCUACGGCGGUAGCGGCUAUGGGGGAAGCGGCGGCAUCUACGGAGGGGAUGUGGCUGGCUACCCUGGUGGCGUUAGUGGAGGCAGCUAUCCUGGAGGUGGGGGCAGCUACGUCGGAGGUGGGAGCAGCUACGGCGGGAGUGGGGGCAGUUACGGCGGCAGUGGUGGCAGUUACGGUGGGGGUGGGGGCAGCUACCCUGGAGGUGGGGGCAGCUAUGUCGGAGGUGGGGGCAACUACGGCGGCAGUGGGGGCAGCUACGGUGGGAGUGGGGGCAGCUACGGCGGGGGUGGGGGCAGCUACGGCGGGGGUGGGGGCUACGGCGGAGCAGGCUAUGGGGGAGGAAGUUAUGGAGACGGCUUUUAUCCUGGAGCACCUGCUACUGCCAACAGACCCAUCACCACCUUAUGCGAUGAUGUUGGAAGCUACAAACAGGUGGGCGUGCGGCUGAGGCUGCGGCGCCAGUUCGUGCACCGCUUCGUGUCGGUGCCGUCGCUGCAUCUGUGCGAGCGGGAGUGCAACGAGGCGCGCGACUUCCUCUGCCGCUCCUUCAACUUCAGGCCCGUGGGCGCCGAGAGGGACAACUGCGAGCUGAGCGAGCGAGACGCGCGCGAGCUGGACGUCAGCAACCCGGCCUUCUUCGACUCGGCCAGCGACUACGACUUCUUCGAGCGGUCGCGCGGCCGCAGCGCCGGCGACUGCCUGGACGUGAGCCAGACAUGCAGCGAGGACGGCAUGGAGUUCACGCUGCGCAUACCGGAGGGAUUCGUGGGGCGCAUGUACACCUACGGCUUCUACGACCGCUGCUUCUUCCGGGGCAACGGCGGCACGCUGAACGUGCUGCGCAUCAGCGGCGCACAGGGCUACCCCGAGUGCGGCACUCAGAGGCUGGGGGACUCCAUGACCAACAUCGUGGUGGUGCAGUUCAGCGACUUCGUGCAGACGGGCCGUGACAAGCGCUACAACCUCACUUGCCUGUUCCGUGGGCCGGGCGAAGCGGUCGUCACCUCGGGCUACAUCGGCGCAGGGUCCGGCAGCCCGAUACCCAUCGAGUACCUGCCGGCGGAGAACUCCAUCAGCUCCCGCGUGCGCCUGCUGAUCCUGUACCAGGGUCGCCCCACCACCACCAUCGCCGUCGGCGACCCGCUCACCUUCCGCCUGGAGGCGCAGGACGGCUACAACUACGCCACCGACAUCUUCGCCACCAACGUGAUAGCGCGCGACCCCUACUCGGGUCGCUCCGUGCAGCUCAUCGACAGAUACGGAUGUCCUGUGGAUAACUACGUAUUCCCUGGAUUAGACCGCUCCAGAUCUAGAGAUGGGCUUGAAGCUAGAUUCAAUGCUUUUAAAAUUCCGGAGUCAAAUUUCUUGGUAUUCGAAGCCACAGUUAGGACAUGCCGUGAUGGCUGUCAGCCGGCGUACUGCACCGGCCACGCGGGCCGCAGCGAGCCGUCCUUCGGCCGCCGCAGGAGGGAGGUGGCCGCCGACAGCCCGGCCGAGCAGGUCGCCGAGGUGGACGAGGCCGACGAGGCGUCCAACUCCACGGACGAGGAGGAGCAAGUGCGCGAGAUGAUACAGGUGUAUGAGUCGAGGUUCGAACUGAAGGACGAAGAGCAGGCCGCUCAGCCGUUGGCACAGCGAGUCUGCCUCACGUCGUCGCUGUACAACGGACUGGUGUCUGCCAUCGCCAUCAUACUCGUCGUGCUGCUGGCUGUCUCAACUAUGUUCGCCUUCUUCUACAGGCGCUACAGGGCGCUGGAGCGCAAGAACGCGGCAGCAGGCGAGACCGCGCCGUCGGACAUGAACGGCUCGUACCCAGUCUCCAACCACAACUUCUCCUUCCUCGGCAUGCAGAACAAGUACGGCACGAGGUCCGCCAACAGCCUGCUGGGCAAGGACCUGAAGCAGCGCGACGCGGCUGCAGGGGUGUCCAGGCCCAAGCUGUUCGAAGACCCCAGCGAGCCCAUCUACAGCGACCCCUCGCUGUUCGAGCGUUCCCGGAGUCUGCGCAGUGUUGCCGUCUCGCAGCCAGGAGUCCGCGGACACAGCGCGAACACUUGA